GGGUAUUAGAGUAUGCCCCGAAUAACUUAAUUGAGGAAGUAAAAGAAUAUGAUGAGGACGGGCAACCAAAAAACCUGAUGCAAAGUUCACGGAUUCAUUAUGAGUUUUGCGGAGAGUUAGGAAUUAAGCGGAUAUAUCAGAGUGAGUUUGCCACCUAUCAGCCCAAGUUUAGUUUAUUCUAUGCCGACCAUGCGGGAAAACGAACCCCAUCAUGGGCGGAGAAAAAAGAACGAAGCGAGACAGUUGAGGGAAAGCCGUUAUUAAUACCUUCCGACAUUCAUUUAAAGCAAUUGCCCGACAUGAAGGAGAAAAUACAGGAGGCAUUGGGCGGAGAUAGU